AUGCUAAUCCCCACCACACUGAUGAUGCUAAUCCCCACCACCACACUGAUGAUGCUAAUCCCCACCACCACACUGAUGAUGCUAAUCCCCACCACCACACUGAUGAUGCUAAUUCCCACCACCACACUGAUGAUGCUAAUUCCCACCACCACACUGAUGAUGCUAAUCCCCACCACCACACUGAUGAUGCUAAUCCCCACCACACUGAUGAUGCUAAUCCCCACCACCACACUGAUGAUGCUAAUUCCCACCACCACACUGAUGAUGCUAAUCUCCACCACCUCACUGAUGAUGCUAAUCCCCACCACCACACUGAUGAUGCAAAUCUCCACCACCUCACUGAUGAUGCUAAUCCCCACCACCACACUGAUGAUGCUAAUCUCCACCACCUCACUGAUGAUGCUAAUCCCCACCACCUCACUGAUGAUGCUAAUCCCCACCACACUGAUGAUGCUAAUCCCCACCACACUGAUGAUGCUAAUCCCCACCACACUGAUGAUGCUAAUCCCCACCACCACACUGAUGAUGCUAAUCCCCACCACCACACUGAUGGUGCUAAUCCCCACCACCACACUGAUGAUGCUAAUCCCCACCACCACACUGAUGAUGCUAAUCCCCACCACCACACUGAUGAUGCUAAUCCCCACCACCUCACUGAUGAUGCUAAUCCCCACCACCUCACUGAUGAUGCUAAUCCCCACCACCACACUGAUGAUGCUAAUCCCCACCACCACACUGAUGAUGCUAAUCCCCACCACCACACUGAUGAUGCUAAUCCCCACCACCUCACUGAUGAUGCUAAUCCCCACCACCACACUGAUGAUGCUAAUCCCCACCACCACACUGAUGAUGCUAAUCCCCACCACCACACUGAUGAUGCUAUCCCCACCACCUCACUGA